AUGUUUUUCGCCUCCGCAGUUCUUCUUGCGGCGCCUCUUGCGCUCGCUGCCAACGUCGACCGUCUCGAGACGCGUCAAUCCGCUUGUUCAGCAACGCACAUCUUCCUUGCAAAGGGAAACAACGAGCCAUAUCCAGGACGUCAAGGAAAGCUCGUCAAUGCCAUCUGUUCCGGCCUCGCCAGCUGUGAUUAUGAGGAUAUUCAAUACUACAACCCAGUCGAAGCUCCAUACUGUGGCUCUGUAAACGAAGGUGUCGCCAAUGGUGUCGCGCAAAUCACCGCAUACAACCAAAGAUGCCCUGAUACCAAGCUUGUCGUUAGUGGCUAUUCGCAAGGUGCUCAGAUUGUGACCGACAUUCUUGGUGGAGGUGGGGGUGUUUUCUUCCAGGACUGCGUGCAGACCACUUCAGCAGGUAUCGAUGUCGACUCUGCUGCUGGAAAGAAGAUUGCCGCUGCGUUGGUUUUUGGAAACACUCGCCACACCGCAAACCAGCCAUACAACGUCCUCUCCGGCUCUGGUUCCAACGGGCUCUUCCCUCGCUCUGGAAGCCAAGCUGCUGGUCUUCUUACCUACACCUCCGUCUUCCACGAUUACUGUGUUGCAGAGGACCCAAUCUGUGCCGGUGGUAAUGUUGUGGCCGAUCACUUGAACUACUUCGACAUCUACACCGACUCCGCCGCUGCUUGGGUGAAGAGCAAGCUCCUUGAGGCUCCAUCUGCAGGAACAUCUUCUUCAGUAGCACCACCACCAGCUACCUCUGCUGUUGCCACUCCUGUUCCAACAUCAUCCGCCGCGCCAUACCCAACCACCGCCGCGUACACCAAUGGCACUUCCACCACCUGCACCGCCAUCAUCCCAAUUCCAACUGUCACCACCACCUUCACAGUGACUGUUCCCUGCGUCACCCUCGCAUCUUCGGUAUUGUCGUCGUACACUUCCAAGUAUCCCGUCACAACUCCCACCGUAAUUGCUGGUGCCCCUACCACGAUUGCCGGCCCACCUACCACUAUUGCCAGCGGUGCCGCCUUCCCAACCAAGACAGGUGCUGCUACAAAUGGAACAGUGAUUUUCACUGGUGGUGCCCAAGGAAUGGUUUCUGCUCCUAUUGUAGGCACAAUGGGUCUCGCUAUCGCAGGAGCUUUGUUGUUCAUGGUGUAA